AAUAAAUGCAUUCCCUCUGGCAAAUAAACAAAUUGCAUCAAACAGAAAGUGUUCUCCUCUUGAAACAAAGUAUUUAAGUGAAAUGAAGCGUGUUAAGAGCGCAACCAAUGCGGUGGCAAAGCCCAAGAAAAUCAAAUCUGCUGGUUCUAGUGGAGUUGAUACGAAUAAUGAUAGUUUUUCAAGAGUUGGUAUUAAUGAAAAAGCAGCAUCCACUACAAUUUCAGUACAAUCUUUACAACAACGCCGUUUAGCAACAGCUGAAAGCAUUGCUGAAUUUAGUUUUAACAAAAAACGUGUACGCGUACUUAAUUCCGUUGAAGAAGUGUCUGAGUCGCGCAGCGGUGGUAUAUUGUAUUGGAUGUCGCGUGAAGCGCGCGUUCAAGACAAUUGGGCCUUUUUAUAUAGUCAACGUUUGGCUCUAAAACUGAAAUUACCACUUUUAGUCACAUUUUGCCUGGUACCAAAGUACUUAAAUGCCACAUUGCGUCAAUAUAAGUUUCUAAUCGGAGGCUUAAAAGAAGUCGAGCGGGAUUGCCGGGAACUGAGUGUACCUUUACACUUAUGUUUUGGCUCGCCUAAAGAUCGUUUACCAGAGUUAGUAAAUAAAUACAAAAUUAGUGCACUGGUGUGUGAUUUUACACCACUUCGUGUUCCACAGCAGUGGGUCGAAGAAGUAAAGGAAAAGCUAUCCAUUGAAGUUCCCUUUAUACAGGCGGAUGCACAUAAUGUGGUGCCAUUAUGGAUAGCUUCCGACAAGCAAGAGUAUGGUGCGCGCACUAUACGUGGAAAAAUUAAUUCGAAACUACCAGAGUUUCUUACAGAAUUUCCACCCGUUAUAAAACAUCCGCACAAUAAGAACAUAAUUUCAAAUUACGAACCAGUAAAUUGGCAAGAAGCUGAGGGAGCUUUAGAAUGCGAUCGUUCAGUAGAUGAAGUUGAUUGGGCUCAGCCAGGAUAUACAGCUGCAUGCGCACAAUUGCAGAGCUUUUGUGCAAAACGUUUACGAAUUUUUAAUGAGAAGCGAAACGAUCCCACUAUAAACGCGUUAUCCGGACUUUCACCGUGGUUUCAUUAUGGUCAUAUUUCUGUACAACGCUGUGUUCUCGAAGUAAUGAGACUAAAAUCGAAAUAUAAAGCAUCAGUGGAAGCUUUUUGCGAAGAAGCUAUAGUAAGACGUGAAUUAGCAGAUAAUUUCUGCUAUUAUAAUGAACACUACGACAGUCUAAAAGGCUUACAUGCUUGGGCAGCUAAAACCUUAGAAGACCAUCGCAAAGAUAAGCGCUCGCCUUCUUACACAUUGGCGGAGUUUGAGCAGGCUCGCACCCACAACGAUCUAUGGAACGCAGCACAGCUGCAAUUGUUACGUGAAGGCAAAAUGCAUGGUUUUAUGCGUAUGUAUUGGGCAAAAAAGAUACUGGAGUGGUCUUCUACGCCUGAUGCUGCUUUAGAAACCGCAAUUUUUUUGAAUGAUAAAUAUAGUUUGGAUGGUCUAGAUCCAAACGGCUACGUUGGUUGCAUGUGGUCGAUUGGGGGCGUGCAUGAUCAAGGGUGGGCGGAACGACCAAUUUUUGGAAAAAUACGUUACAUGAAUUAUAAGGGAUGUCAGCGUAAAUUCGACGUUGCGGCUUUUGUGGCUCGAUAUGGUAGCAAAGCACAUAAUUCUAAAUAGCCGAUUUUAAUAUUUUUAUAUAUACUCAUUUGAUUAGAAAAUAUCACUGAAUGAUCAUAAGAAUACAUAUGUACCUUAAUCGUUAAU